AUGGUCCGUACUGUUAUGGACUCGCCAAAUAGUGCAAGUGAUGACCGUGCACCUAUUACAUACAGUCUGACUGAAAAAAUUCCUGCUCAAGUGAGGCUCAUGGAUCGACUGUUUGGCGUUACCGACGGAGAUUGCAUCAGCAAUCUCCGAAUGGACCGCAAUGCAUUUGGCCGGUUAUGUCGCAUUCUCCGCGAUAGGUGUGGGAUGGUUGAUCAGAGAUACGUCCAUGUCGAGGAGCAGACAGCAAUGUUUCUGGCCACUCUUGCGCACCACAAGAAAACUCGAAUUGUUGGUUUCGAUUUCAAUAGGUCUGGGUAUACUGUAAGCCAUUACAUGCACGAGGUGAUGCGAGCUGUUAUUCAUCUCCAUAGUAUCCUAUUAGUAGAGCCCACACCGGUUGAUGACACAUGUGAUGAUCCACGAUGGAAUUGGUUUAAGGGGUGCCUCGGUGCACUAGAUGAGACUUAUAUAAAUGUGCGUGUAAGCACUGCCGAUGCUCCUCGUUAUAGGUCACGAAAAGGUCAGAUUGCAACAAACACACUUGCCGUCUGUGAUAGGUUCCUUAGGUUCGUCAAUGUUUUACCUGGAUGGGAGGGCUCUGUCGCUGACUCCAGGGUUCUUCGCGACGCCGUUACUCGACCAAACGGACUGAAAGUCCGUAGAGGUUCUUAUUACCUGUGCGACAACGGCUACGCUAACAGCGAAGGCUUCUUAACGCCUUUCAAGGGUGUUAGGUACCAUCUCAAAGAGUGGGGGCCCCAGACACAGAGGCCGAGUAGUCCAAAAAAACAAUACAACAUGCGCCGUACAAUGGCUCGAAACGUAAUUGAGCGGGCAUUUGCCGUCCUUAAGAUGCGGUGGGGUAUUCUACGCAGUGCGAGCUUCUACCCAAUUGAGACACAAACCCGGCUCAUAAUGACUUGCUUCAUUCUUCACAAUUACAUCAGAGGGGAAAUGCAAGUGGAUCCAGUGGAACAAGAAAUGGAUGGCGAUGGCAUUGAAGGCGACGGGGGGCAGCCUACGGACAGCGAGGAUCUAAGUCAGGUCCAAUAUGUCGAUGCAGUCGAAUCAACCGCGGAGUGGAAUCAAAUGCGUCAAGACCUUGCCCAAUACAUGUGGCAAAACCAGUAA